AUGACUAAGUUGGAUCUUUUUGUAGCCACUCGUGCCAGCCAGGCUGCACUGCUACCCGUGGUCUUGAUUGCGUCCUUCAUUAAUGAGGCCCACCCAAUUCCAAUCAUCAAGAUCAAUUUUGAGGACACUGCCCUGCUCACUAGGGAUGAGAAGUCAAUCAUCCACUUUCAGACAGGUGACAAGUCUGUUGCUGGCACUAUACCCAUCAUCCAGGAGCUGUGUGCGCAGUUCCCUUUUCUUGAGAAUAAGUGGAUCUCUCAACUAGAUUCCUAUGACACCUUGGAAUUCAAGGCCCUUGACCCGAUGCUCCAGCAUAUUGAUACUCACCUGCUCCUCCAAUCUUUCCUAUCGGGUUAUUCUCUUUCGACACCGGAUAUUGCACUAUGGGGUGCCAUUCGCGGAAAGCGUGUCGCUGUCGCCGCUCUCAAAAGGGAUACUCUCGUCAAUCUGACCCGCUGGUACAAGUUACUUGAGGAGCUGUGCCCUUGGGCCACAUCGGCCGUUGAAUCUUUGAAUGCUACUUCUCGUGAGAAGAAGCUUGCUAAGUCCAAAGAUAAUGCCAGCUACGAUAUUUUCCUGAAGAAUACCGAGAAUGGCGUCGUUACUAGAUUCCUCCCAAAGCCUUCCGACACCCUUAUACUUCGAUUCGAUGAUACCAACCCGUCGAACGAGAAGCAGGAGUUUGAAGAUGUCAUCGUGGAAGAUUUUGCAUUGAUGGACAUUCAGCCCGACAAAGUCAGCUAUACUAGCGACUACUUUGGCCAACUCUACGAAUAUUGUCUUCAAGCUAUCAAAUCUGGAAAGGCUUAUGCAGAUGACAUUGGCAAGGAGACCAUGGAGAACCAGCGGUGGGAUGGCCUACGGUGGUGUAUUCGUGCUAAGAUAUCCUUCGAUGACAAUAACACGGCUCUUCGAGACCCUGUAAUCUACCAAUGCAAUCCUUCUACUCAUCACCGUACAGGUGAUGCCUGGGUUAUCUAUCCUACGUACGACUUUGCUUGUCCCAUUGUAGACUCGAUGGAGGGUGUUACCCAUGCAUUGAGAACUAUCGAAUACAGAGACCGGAAUGCGCAGUACCAGUGGAUAUUCGAUGCUCUGAGCUUCCAUGCUGUGCAGGUCUGUGUCAAGCAGGGUACGUCUAAGAAUGUGACCUGGCAGUCCAAUGAGGGUCAAACUCUGGUCCCCGUCGAGCUAUUCGACUUUAACUACCUGCUUAAGAAGGACUCGCUGAGUGAGUGUGAUAUCCUCGAUGAUUUUCUCGACUUUAAUAAAGAGUUUCGUGUGAGUGCGCUGGCCGACCGCAAUAUCUCCGAGGUCAAUGUUGACGACAUCCUGCAAUUUGACCGUAGGAUUGGGUUCUGCUCCUGGUAUGCCGUGCGUCUUCUUCAACAUCCCUACCGGAAAGCAGAAGUAGACGUACAAUAA